CAACCUUCCCAUUCCCCCCUCCCCCCAACCGGCUACAUGACGCCCUACACGAAACACACCGUCCUCCUAACCGGCAGCACCGGCUCGCUCGGCGGCUGCCUCCUCUACAAACUCACCCUGCAACUCCCCUGUCCCAAGAUCUACGUUCUCAUCCGCACAACCCCCGCCAUCGCGCAAUCCAAAUGGCACAAGACCAUGCCCUCGCACGCGCCCGCCAUGCUGCAAACAAACAAGAUCCACUACGUGGCGGGCGAUAUCCGACAACCCAACUUCGGGAUCGACCCCGGCACGCUGCGCGAACUCCAAGAACAGGUGACGCUUGUGAUCCACGCCGCCGCGAAGAUCAAACUCGAUGCGUGGGUGGUCGAGGCGAUUGAGAACAAUUGUCUGCCGGCGUUGGAGUUGGCGAGUAUGGCGGGAAGAUUCCGGAGACUCAGGUUGUUUGUGCAGAUCAGUACGGCGUAUGUGAAUAGUUUCUUGGAGGAUGGGUGGGUGGGGGAACGACUCUAUACCACCCUCACCGUCACCCUCGACCCCGUCCCCGACCCCGAAGAAGAGCUCACCACCAUCCUCACCACUUCCACCUCCCCAAACACCCCGCUCUUCAGCUCAACCUACACCCAAGCCAAACACCUGAUGGAACGCCUCCUUCUCUCCCGCCACCCGACUCUCCCUCUCCUCCUCCUCCGACCGACCAUCUUCGGCCCCGCCCUCCGCACUCCUUACCCCCUCUACGGCCCCGAAGACAGCACGCCGCUCCGCAAAUUCGCCACCCUCUUCUUCUCCGACCUCCACGGCACGCAAACCUGGCACGCCGCGUCCGGCCACACCUCCGGCGCCAACAUCCUGGACGAAAUCCCGGUCGACUUCGUCGCGAACGGGUGUCUCCUCCACGCCGCCGCCCUCACAACAGGCAUCGUGCACAUCGGCUCGCAGCUCUACGUGCCGAUCACGUUCGAUGACGUGCUGGAGUUGAUCCGCAAGCAUGCGCCGCCCGAGGUACGCGGCUUGUUGCCCAAGGUGGUGUUUGUGCAGGAUCGAGCCGUCGAGCAGAGCUUUUUGGCGGAGUUGGUGAAGGUGGGUACGCGGCAUUGGGUGUUUGAUUGUGGGAGGUCGUAUUGGGUGUUGGGGGUUGGUGGGGGGUUGGGGUUCCAGGCGUGUGUGGGGGAGGCGGAGAGGUUGAAUCGGUGGAGGGUCGAGCAGGUGGUUGAGAAG